ACCGAGGAGACCAACGACUUCACCCUUCCGUUUUUUCCCUCCUGUCAAGAAAGAAGCACCUGCCGCGCUCGGCCCGGUACAUCUACAGAUUCUACAAAAAGGGAAUCAACAUCUUUUGAUUGUCAUUUGCUCCUAAUCAUCAUGUCCAAGGAAGUCGCGGUCGUGAAGAAGGGGUCGGAGGAGGAUGAGUACACCAUCAAGCCCCAGGCCACCACGCCUGCUCUUGACACGAGCUCGUGGCCGCUCCUGCUCAAGAACUAUGACAAGCUCCUCGUGCGAACUGGUCACUUCACCCCGAUCCCCAAUGGAUGCUCGCCUCUGAAGCGCGACCUCAAGCAGUACAUCAGCUCUGGUGUCAUCAACCUCGACAAGCCUUCUAACCCUUCCUCUCACGAGGUUGUCGCUUGGGUCAAGCGCAUUCUCCGAUGUGAAAAGACUGGUCACAGUGGUACUCUCGAUCCCAAGGUCACGGGCUGCCUGAUUGUCUGCGUUGACCGCGCUACCCGUCUCGUCAAGUCCCAACAAGGUGCCGGAAAGGAGUACGUGGCUGUCAUCCGCCUCCACGACAAGCUGCCCGGUGGCCAGGCUCAGUUCGCUCGCGCUCUCGAGACUCUCACCGGUGCGCUGUUCCAGCGUCCCCCCUUGAUCUCUGCCGUCAAGCGUCAGCUCCGUAUCCGAACCAUCCACGAGAGCAAGCUCAUCGAGUUCGACAAUGACCGACACCUGGGUGUCUUCUGGGUCAGCUGCGAGGCCGGUACCUAUAUCCGAACCCUCUGCGUCCACCUGGGUCUCCUUCUCGGUGUCGGCGGCCACAUGCAGGAGCUUCGACGUGUUCGCAGUGGUGCCAUGGACGAGACCAAGGGUCUGGUCACCCUCCACGAUGUUCUCGAUGCUCAGUGGCAGAUGGAUAACACCCGCGAUGAGUCGUACCUGCGCAAGGUCAUCUCGCCUCUUGAGACUCUCCUGACCUCCUACAAGCGUCUGGUCGUCAAGGACAGCGCCGUCAACGCUGUGUGCUACGGUGCUAAGCUGAUGCUUCCCGGUCUUCUGCGAUACGAGGCUGCCAUUGAGCACCACGAGGAGGUCGUCCUCAUGACCACCAAGGGUGAGGCCAUUGCUCUGGGUAUUGCUCAGAUGUCCACUGUCGAGAUGUCGACCUGCGACCACGGUGUCGUUGCCAAGGUCAAGCGAUGCAUCAUGGAGCGCGACCUGUACCCCCGCCGAUGGGGUCUCGGCCCUGUUGCCCUUGAGAAGAAGAAGCUCAAGGCCGACGGCAAGCUCGACAAGUUCGGCCGCCCCAACGAUGCCACUCCUGCCAAGUGGACUUCUGAGUACAAGGACUUUAGCGGGAACGACGCCUCCGCUGCUGCUGCCGCCGCCGCUCCUGCUACUCCCGCUAAGGAGAGCGAGGAUACCCCCAUGGCUGAGGCCGCUGCCUCGUCGCCUGCUGCUGAGGACAGCAAGGACAAGAAGCGUAAGAAGCACGAGGGUGAGACGGCAGAGGAGAAGGCUGAGCGGAAACGACGAAAGGCGGAGAAGAAGGCCGCCAAGGCUGCUAAGAAGGCUUCCAAGGGCGAGGCGAUGGAUGAUGACAGCGAUUAAAGGGAUCCUGACCCUGGUCCUGGACAUGGGGACGGACCUGAGCCUGAGCCUGAGCCUGAAGCUGAACCCUCACCCUCAUCCGGAUCUUGAUACCCGAGAAGCAGGGUCCGGGCUGUUGAUAUGGGGCGGUCUGAAAGCUGUACCAUACUGUCUGCCGUGUUUGCUGCUGGAGUGUUUCUUGUUUGAACUGUUUUGUCGUUCUGGGGACUUGGCGUUUGGUUCGAAAAUCCUGGUUGGAGUAGAUGAAAGGCCAUCAAUACAAAGGAUGAUCAAAGC